UUAUUUUUUAUGACUGUGUGCUGCAGCGGAGAGAUAUAGCGUUGCUUGUCUAACAAAGACUUGAGAUAUUGCUAUCCUUGUCUCGCGGGGCAGGCGGGAGGUAAUGGAACGUCGUGUGCUGGUGGGGUCUCGUGUCUCACAGUCACCUCGAACGCCGCCACGGACGCACGCAUUCGUUCCAAACAUUUCGCGCGACCGUAUCAUAGAGUAGUUGUGUUACAGAGCCGACAGUGACUUACGUAAAGUGUACAAGUGAUCGUAAAUAAUAAAUCGUUUAAGUUAAUCUCCAAAUGGUGGUACUUGAAGACGGAGCUAUGAUGACUACUAAUCCUAAUCAGUAUCUGCAACCAGAUUAUUUAACACCGCUUCCAUCCUCUUUGGACUCGAAGAAAAGCCCUCUCGCGCUUUUAGCGCAAACCUGUAGCCAGAUCGGUGCAGACACAUUGCCGACCAAGCCGCUCUUGCCGCCGCUUGACAAAAAAAAAUCAGUGAAUAGUGUUAACAGUGAUGCAAUUAGUCGUUCUUCACCUAGUGCGAGUAAACAGGAUAAACCACGUUCAACGCCAGAAAGCAAACAUUUAGCUUUCAAACCAUAUGAAACUAAUGUCGUUACGAAAAAACCCGAGGAAUCGCGUCCACCAUCAAAAGCAAGUUCUGACAGUUCGGAAGACAAAAAAUCCGGAAAAAGUACGCCAGGAAGAAAAUCAACUCCACCAACAACAGAAAUUGGAAAGAGCAGUCCUUCUAAUGAGCACAAGUCUUCUCCUGCUGCAUCGUCUGGUACCAGUCCUAUUAUUCGUUCCGGAUUAGAAGUUUUAGGACACGGAAAAGAUCAUCUAGGAGCAUUUAAAAAUAUACCCGGAUUAUCUGGAUUUAAUCCACUUGCUGGUCUUUGCUGCCCACCUGGAAUGGAACAACACGCAAAUCCUGCAUUUCGACCACCUUAUGCUGGAGCGCCAUUGAGCGCUCACCAUGCUGCUAUGCUGGCAGCAGCAGCUGGCUUCCCAGGAUCUUCACCAAACCCUUAUCUUGGAUAUGCUAGAGUUAAAACACCGGCGGGCGGAGAAACAUUGGUUCCAGUAUGCAAAGACCCAUAUUGCACCGGCUGCCAAUUCUCAGUCAAUAAUCAUCACCUUUUAAUGAGCAACGGUGCUUGUCCUGCUGGUUGUACGCAAUGUGAACAUCAAAAGUACAAUUUAGCUAUGGCUAUGGCUUUAUCGCAACAAGGAGCCGCCGGUAAUAUUCCUUACCCGCAGCUGAGCCGCCCCUAUGUUUGUAACUGGAUCGUAGGGGACUCCUACUGUGGAAAACGUUUUGGAAAUUCAGAAGAACUCCUGCAACAUUUAAGAAGUCACACAACGGACGGAUCAACGCCAACUUCGUCUGCAGUUUCACAGGCGUCGCUUUUGAAUCCAUUAAAUCCUUUAUUCACAACUGCUGGCCUUCGCAGCGCAUAUCCGUCGGCACCUCUGAGCCCUCUGUCUGCGAGCAGAUACCACCCAUAUUCAAAAGCUCUACCUGCAAGCCUUGGCACAUCACCGUACGGUGCCUUUAAUCCAGCUUUGGGGCCCUUCUAUUCACCUUAUGCCAUGUAUGGUCAGAGGCUCGGAGCCGCUGCAGUGCAUCAGUAAUCUAGUGUAGUGAGGAUUAUGACUGACAUUGUUAAUGUUUGUAAUGUCCAAUUUUCUUCUGUGAUAUCAUGAUAGACUAAUCGAUGUUGUAAGGCGUGACCCGCCAUGACAAAUUUAGUGAAUAGUGCAAUCUUAAAUAGAUAAUAAUUUAAGUUAUCUUUCCGACGGACUUUGUAUCUACGCUGGUGAUGUAGGGAUUAUAUAAAGAUUAUGUACAGCCAAAUGAUUUGUGUAUAAUAAUAAUAAUAUCUAUGUUUAAUAUUAAAUGAAAAAUUCAAAUACAAUAUCUUUAUGAAAAUUA